AUGGCCUCUUCUGUUCAUUUCAAGUUCAAAUCUCAGAAAGAACCCUCGAGGGUGACCUUUGAUGGAACUGGUAUAUCAGUCUUCGAACUGAAACGGGAAAUCAUUACUCAAAAUCGCUUGGGAGAUGGUUCUGAGUUCGAGCUUUCUAUCUAUAAUGAGGAUACGAAUGAAGAAUAUGAUGACGAUACAGCUAUCAUCCCUCGCUCCACCUCUGUCAUUGCCCGCCGGUUCCCGGCUGCACGACCUGGAAAAGGAGGCGCUGCUAGAUAUAUGUCAGGCAAGAUGCCGGUUACAUCUCGGAAUGUGCAACAUGAUCCGGAACCAUCUACACGUCAAGAUACCAGCGAUAGUGCUGUCGAAAUUAGUAGUAUACAAUCUGAAGAUGAGAAGCUUAAAGCGUUGUUUCGGCUGCAGGAGACGCAGUGGAAGGAGCAACAACAAGAUAUGACAAAUAUGACUCCCGUAGUAGGCCGAGGCCGAGGGAAACCCGUCACCGUUCCAGAUCAUCCGCCCCCGCCAGGAUACCUUUGCUAUCGAUGUGGUGAAAAAGGACAUUGGAUUCAAGCCUGUCCGACAAAUAAUGAUCCCCGAUUCGAUGGUCGAUAUCGGGUGAAACGGUCGACAGGAAUUCCUCGCUCGUUCCAAAAACAAGUAGAGAAGCCAGAUUCGCCUGCUCUAGAUGGCUCGGAUGACAACUCGAAACUUACAGGGGUUAUGGUGAAUGCUGAUGGGGAUUUUGUUAUUGCUCAACCAGAUAAAGCUUCAUGGGAGUUAUAUCAAGAGAAGGCAACUGCAUCCAAAGCAGCAGAGGCUGAAGCAGCCAAUGCUGAGCGAAACAAACAAUUGCAGGACCGCGGUCUUUUAUGUCCCCUUGACAAAAGAAUGUUGUUAGCGCCUACAAAGACACCGUGCUGCGAAAAGACAUAUUGUAGUGAUUGUAUCACUAAUGCCCUAAUUGAGAGCGAUUUUGUCUGCCCAAAUUGUUCUGCUGAGGGCGUUUUGCUUGACAAUCUAUCUGUUGAUGAAGAUGCCAUUAAACGGUUGGCCGAGUUUGAAUCCGAAAAAGCACAACAGGCAGAGGGAGCCGAGAUAAAUGCUCCUGAACAGGUAGACUCGGAGCAGGAUAGUAACAAGGAACAGGCGCGGCAAGACUCAAGCGCCUCGAAGAAACGACCCGCGACAGAAAACGGGAGCACUCAAGAAAACGACCAGCUCCAGGCGCCUGCUAUGAAGAAGCAAAAAUCACGGGAGAGCACCGGUGAUACACAGAGCAACGCGCAACAGGCCGGCUCUCAGGGAAUAACCCAGAACAACAUCCAAAAUAAUAAUCCUCAAAGCAACCCACAGCAGAAUAAUGUCCAGCAGCCAGCCCCUAUGAAUCCUUUCCCGCAGAUGCCGCCACAACCCAUGAUGGGCGGCUAUGGGCAGAUGAAUCCAUUUGCUGGACAAGAUAUGAUGGCUAUGUCGGGAUAUUAUAAUGGCGGCAAUAACUGGAGUCAAACACCAUCAGAUCCUUACAUGAUGGCCGGAGUUGGAGGGCCCUUUAUAGGCGGUCCAAACCCACAGAUGGCCCAAGUAAGAUAUGGGAUGCCCAACGCUGGAAUGAAUUUCAACAACUUUAAUCCUCAGAUGAUGAAUCAAAUGAAUCAAAUGCAACAGCCUUUUCAACAGCCGUACGGAAUGACCCCAUUUUCAAAUCAACAGCGAAGCCACAUCAGCGAACCGCUGGCGAAUGAAGAAGACUCUCCAUAUUUUAGACAACCGGUUAAUCCUCACCGUCACCAUGGAAGACAGAAGAGAACUCGCCCCAGUGACUACCGGGAGCUAUAG